AUGCACGCCGGCCAGAGCGCGCCAGAGCGCGGAGACGUCCCCGGCUCGCAGCUGCCGUCUCUGCGCGAGCGGCGCGUGGCGGCGACCCGGGAGGGCCGCUCGCUGCUGUUGCCGAGCACGGUCGGCGCCCCGAACGCCCCUCCGCCGCCCGCAGACAUUCUUGAGCAGCGGCAGCGCAUGGUUGCGGCAGCGAAUCCGGCGCUCAGCCAACCCGCCGGCGCAGUGGCGGGUGAAGAGAGCGGAGAGGACGACGCGCAGUCGCUCGCCUCGAUCCCCUCGCCCGCCUCGUCGGCCCCGCCGUCGCCGCAGCGGUCGGCCACGCCUGGCCGCCCCGCUGACACACCGAGCCUCGGCGACGCCUCCAACCUCUCCGGUGCUGCCGGCGGCGAGGCGGCCGGCGGCGAGGCGGCAGGAUCGCCCGCGGAGAGGGAGCGCUCUUCCUCGUCGCUGAUCGAGACGUCGGCCGGCCUCCUCGACUCGGUCUCGUCGAUGCUCGCAGGGGGACAGCAGCUCCCGGCCGGCGUCGCGCGAGGCGUCGCGGCGGCGCUGGGCGCCGCGACCCCGCCAGGCCGCGCCGCCGCAAAGGCCGCGCCGCUCGACGCAGAGGCUGUCCACGUCGACGUCGGCCCCGCGUCGCCCGAGCCGGAGGCGGGCGGUCGCUUCCCCCUCUGUCGCCGCUGGUGUUUGCCGCGCACCCGCCCCUCCCACCACGCGCGCCGCGAGCCGGGCGACAUCGAGGGGAAGCUGAGGGACAAGGAGAUGGAGGGCUCGGCGCUCGCCCACACACUCAGCAUCGGGCACGGCAUGCACGCGCCGCCGAGCCCGGACAUGAAGAAGGCGCGGCUCUACGCGUCGCAGCGGCUCGCGCGGCAGCACGAGGGCGACGAGGCGCCGGGCGAGCUCUACCCGCUCUACACGCCUCUCGAGACUUUCGACCGGUUCGGGACCGACGUCUCACAGUACAUGCAUUUUGUGCUCUACACGUCGCGCCUCUUCUUCUGCCUCUUCGCCUUCAACCUCGCCAACCUCAUCAUCAAUCUGGAGGGGCAGAACCUCGCUUUCCUUGAGCUCGACUCCGCCGCGGCGGGCGUCAAUCCACUCGCCGUUGUGCACACGCUCGGCAAUACCGAGUCGACGGGCGUCCUCGCCAAAGGCGGCCAUUCCUACGGCGUCAUCGAAUUCAUUACCAGCGGGGUGCUCGUCGUCUACAUCUUUUGGCUGCGCGGCAAGAUGUCCGAGAUCCGCACCCGCAUCCGCAACUCAACCUCGCUGGCUACGCUCACCGCCGCCGAUUUCACCGUGAUGGUGUCGCAUUUGCCCGACGGCUGGGGCAGCGACGACGUGCGUGGUUUCUUUGAGCGCUUCGGUCAGGUGGUGCACGUGUCGGUCUCGCUCAACAAUCGCGGCCUUAUCCUCGAGAUGAAGCGCACGCAGGAGCUGCGCGACCGGCACACGGAGGCGGCGUUGCACUUGCUCACGAAGAUGUCCCGCUUGGCGAAGAAGGAGGAGGUCGUGCGCGCGCGCGUGCGCUCCGUUCGCUCGCUUGAGCGCUUCGAGCGGCACCGCGCGAGGCUGCGGCUGCUGAUGCGCGGCAAGUACCAGCACACGGGCCACGCCUUCGUCACCUUCAACAAGGCGAGCGUGACGCCGGAGCUCGUGCGGCGGCUCGGCAAGGGCGGCACUGACGAGCACCGGGCCCUCGGCGCCAAGCUGCACGUUAAGCGCGCGCCCGAGCCGUCCGACGUCUUAUGGGAGAACCUGCAGUACUCGCGGCGGCAGCAGCGGCAAUGGCAGUGCCUCUCGACGGGCAUCAUGUGCGUCCUGGCGACGGUCGGCAUCUUCACCAUCUUCGUCUCCAAUUACUACCUCGCGCCCGGGGUCAACCCAAACGCGGCGUACCCUCUCCCCGCAGGGCAGUUUCUCGCGCAGAUGCUUGGUGCGCUGGUGGUCAACAUUGGUGGGCACCUCAUCUUCUUCAUCCUCGUGCUCUUCCUCGCGAAGCUCGUCGAGGUGCAGUACACGCACCGCGAGCGCGAAAAGGAGAUGAUGAUCAAGAUGACCGUCUUCCAGAUCCUCUCCGUCGUCGUCCCCUCCUUCCUCUACCUCUUUCUCAACACAAACGCGAACGAGCUCGCGUUCAACGACUCGAUGGGCCGCUUCGGCGCGAGCUGGUACGUCUCGGGCGGUCAGUUCGUCAUCGUCGCGCUCGUCGGCGACGCGACCGCCAUCAACCUCUUCAUCGACCUCGUGCGGCCGGUGCCCGACUUGUUCAACCGAUACGUGCUCGCGCGCCGCGCAAAGACGCAGGCCAAGAUGGACGAGCUCUGGACCAUCGAUGCGGACCUUACCCUUGGCUUUCGCGUCCAGCUGAUGAACAAGAUCGUUUUUGUUGGACUCAUGUUCGCGUUCGCGAUCCCGAUCCUCUACGGCCUUAUCUUUCUCUUCCUCUUCUCCGCGCAUUGGGUGGACCGCUACACGCUUCUCCGCCGCCUCACGCCACCGCCCGUGACGCACGACGGCCUGAUGGAGGUUGUGAUCCGGUACAUCUUCCCCGUGGCCGUCCUCACGCACACGGUCAUGGCUGUCAUCUUCUUCAACGACAUUUGCGUCGGAUCAAAGGCCGCCGACGAGGGCGCUUGCGAGCGCGCCUUCGCCGCCGGUUUCAGCUUUGACAACAGCACAAACAGCAGCGAUCUCCUCGGCGGCACUUGCGUGCCCGACGUCGGCACCGGCGACCUCAACGACUUGCUCGACCCGGAGCGGAUCGCGGUCAAGGAGGAGUGGGCGGAGCACAUCCGGAACAACGCGAACUUUGACCUCUACUCGGGUUCCGUGCUCUCGCUCGAGUGCCUCGUCGCCAACGCGUCUCAGUCGGGCGCCUUUUGCACCGUGGUGUCCGGGUGCUCGCUCGAGCUAUCGGGCGCGCACGUGAUACUCAUCUGCGGCGCCUUCAUCUGGGGCAUCGGCGUCGUUGUCUACCUCCUCCUCCACUGGUGCAAGCGGCGGCGCGACGCCGCGCUCGGCGAGAAGCGCCGCUCCGCCCUCUCCACCUUCUCGCUCAACGCGUUCCGCUUCAUCAUGCAGCGCGAUGCGCCUAUGUACUUGCCGCCGCUGACGCGCGCCCUGCUCGAGAUGUAUGGCAACAACGCGCGCCUCGACCGGCGGCUGCUCAAGUCGUACUUGCAGAUCGCCAACGUGCCCAUACAGCAGGGGCCAGGAGGAAGCGUCGAGGAAUUGCGUCGCUCCUCGCUGUCGAGCGAGCGCUCGGUGCUGUCCUCCCUCGCCGAGCCGCUGCGCGAGGCGUCGGGACGCGUCAAGGGAACCGUGCCCUCGGUCGAGCAAGUGCGGACGAUGCGCGACGCGCUGCGCCAAAAGCUGGGCGAGGUCGAGCAGCAGCUCUCGGCGAUCGGCGACCGUGAGACGUACCAGCAGUCCAACACCGCAUUGCGCGGUGGGCUGCAGCGCGGCGCGCAACGGCUCGGCUCCACCUUCCUACGCCGCAAGAGCGACCCGAGGUUCUCGGAGAGCGACAUCUCGGAGCCCGAGUUGGCGCCGCCGUUCUCGCCGGUGGCGGAGGAGGACCCGGAGGGGCUGGCGGUGGACGUGCCGGGGGACGACCCGGAGGGGCUGGCGGUGGACGUGCCGGGGGACGACCCGGAGGGGCUGGCGGUGGACGUGCCGGGGGACGACCCGGAGGGGCUGGCGGUGGACGUGGGCAGGGCACCGACCACGGAUGAGGAUACACUCGAAGGCUGGGACCUGGUACAAGCACGAAGCAGUGGCUACGGCUUUUUAGUUUCACCCGAAACGCGCAAUUACGUAGAGAAGAAGUAA